AUGUGGAAAACACUCAGAAUGGAAGGCAAGCUCCCAUUGCUCCUGCUGGUGGGAGCAAUUGUGACUGCUCAAUGCCAGGGCUUACGCAUGCGUUUCAAACGGGGAGCCAGAUCCAGAGCCAUUUGCACAGAAAAAUCAUCUGGAGAAAUCUACCAGCACAGGGGGACCUGGCUGAGGCUUUCAGGGAGCAGAGUAGAAUACUGUAGGUGCGACAGCGGUUGGAGUCGCUGCCACACUGUGCCUGUCAGAGCCUGCACUAGAAUUAAAUGCUACAACGGGGGCCAGUGUUCACAGGCAUAUUAUUCCCCACAGCUCUUCAUCUGCCAGUGCCACCAAGGUUUCUCUGGGAAGCUGUGUGAAAUAGAUACUAAAGUUAAGUGCUACAAAGAUGCUGGAGUAACAUACAGGGGUACAUGGAGCAUGACAGAGAGCGGAACUGAAUGUUUAAACUGGAAUAGCAAUGGCUUGAUGGACAGGAUGUACAGCAGCCGAAGAGAGGAUGCUGCUGAGCUGGGACUGGGCAAUCACAACUAUUGCAGAAACCCAGAUGAGGAUUCCAGACCUUGGUGCUAUAUCUAUAAAGGGGGAAAGUACACCUGGGAACACUGCAGUGUGCCCUCCUGUUCAAAAGCUGGGAACAUCAACUGCAAAUCUGGAAGAGGCACAGAUUACCGAGGCAUCCACAGUGUUACCAGCUCUGGAGCUACCUGUUUGAGGUGGAAUUCCCAAAUCCUUAUCAACAAGUUAUAUACUGCUUGGAGAAGAGACGCUUACCAGCUGGGCCUUGGUACUCACAACUUCUGCCGGAAUCCUGACAAUGACAGCAAGCCCUGGUGCCAUGUUCUGAAAGGAAAUCAGCUCACAUGGGAGUACUGCAAUGUGCCUACUUGCUCCACCUGCGGCUUGCGGCAGCGCCGGGGACGCCAGUUCAGGAUCAAGGGUGGCUCCUAUGCAGACAUUGCAGCUCACCCAUGGCAAGCUGCCAUCUUCGUGAAGUACCGCCGGGCGCCCGGAGAGCACUUCCUCUGCGGAGGAGUCCUGAUCAGCUCCUGCUGGGUUCUGUCAGCUGCUCACUGCUUUGAGGAGGGCUUUAGUGCAAAUCAGCUGAAGAUUGUGCUGGGGAGAACAUCCCGAGUAACUCCUGAGGAAAAUGAACAGAAGUUUCAAGUGAAGAGCUACACUGUGCACCAGAGGUUUGACUCAGAAAACUUCAACAAUGACAUUGCUCUGUUGCAGUUGAACUCAGAUGCAGAGGACUGUGCUAUUGAAACAGACACUGUCCGUGCUGCCUGCCUCCCAACACCAGCUCUACACCUGCCUGCUUGGACUGAAUGUGAGAUCUCUGGUUAUGGCAAAAACGAAGAAUUUUCUCCAUUCUAUUCAGAGCACCUGAAGGAAGGCCAUGUGAGACUGUUUCCAGCCAGUCGGUGCACAACACAGCAUCUAGACAACCGGACAGUUACAGACAACAUGUUAUGUGCAGGAGACACAAGGAACCUUGAUGAUGCCUGCAAGGGUGACUCUGGAGGGCCUCUGGUCUGUAUGAAGGAUGAUCGGAUGUAUCUCAUUGGAAUCAUCAGCUGGGGAAUAGGCUGUGGCCGCAAAGACAAACCUGGUGUUUAUACCAAUGUGAAUCGUUAUCUUGACUGGAUUCAGGACAACAUGAAACCCUGAGAAAGA